GGCCCACGUUCGCGUUGGCUAUUUAUUUUCCAUAUCGGAGUCAAGAAACGCCAAUUAAAGAGAGCAUCAUCUAUUGUUAUCAUUUUCUCCUUCUGCUUCGAUAUUUUCUUCCUCUUUUUCUCUCUCACAACACAAACCUUAAAAUAUGGCCGAUCAGCUCACCGACGACCAGAUCUCUGAGUUCAAGGAAGCCUUCAGCCUCUUUGAUAAAGACGGCGAUGGCUGCAUUACUACUAAGGAACUUGGGACUGUCAUGCGCUCACUGGGUCAGAACCCAACUGAAGCAGAGCUCCAAGACAUGAUAAAUGAGGUUGAUGCUGAUGGGAAUGGUACUAUUGAUUUCCCGGAGUUCCUUAAUCUGAUGGCCCGCAAGAUGAAGGACACUGAUUCUGAGGAGGAGCUCAAGGAAGCUUUCCGGGUUUUUGAUAAGGAUCAGAAUGGUUUCAUUUCUGCUGCUGAGCUACGCCAUGUCAUGACAAAUCUCGGCGAGAAGCUGACAGAUGAGGAGGUUGAUGAGAUGAUCCGUGAGGCAGAUGUGGAUGGUGAUGGUCAGAUCAACUAUGAGGAGUUUGUCAAAGUCAUGAUGGCCAACAAAAGAGCAAAGUGUAUGGAAGAGGGGAGGUACUAUACCGGUGACAAGGAGAGCAAAAGGCAUAAUAGUGGAAAGAUACAUCGCAAAAGGCAUCAUCGGCCUCACAAAUGUUCGAUCCUCUGAUUUUUCUUCCAGAUUUGCCCUCAACUAUAGAAUCAAUUGUAGACCCCCUCCCUCCUUCCCUCUUUAUUUUUCUUUUUCUUUUCUUUUUCUUUUUUCUCUCUCUCUCCCCGGCAUUCUUUCUAAAGAAUAUAUAUAUAUAUAUAUAUAUAUAUAUAUGUAUGAUG